AUUGACACGCACGCGCACUGAUCGUUUUUUAUUCCUGGGCUAAACUGUUGAUCGGUAACUACCGGGAAUUAGCGGCUUCUCUCCGCCACAUUUGAACGAUCAUCACUGCCAGAGGAAUUAAAGUUCCAUAUUAAUGUGUUUAUCGAGAGGAGUUCAAUCAUGGGACGACAGAAUUCAUAAAACACAGAGGGCGGUUGAAUUAUCGAUGCAUUCGUCCCAGAUGUAACAUUAGCCGUACGGGCAUGCCACGUCUCCCCAGCACACCUGAACUCGUGUGAAAGCUCCUGAUGAUGAUGAUGAGAACGAAGGUGAGGAUGUCUUGAAAUGUGACGUCAUGGAGGAAUACACUUGUACUGAGAAGAAGCUGCUAGUAAAGGUUUGAUUCGUCCACAUCACCUCUUCAUCCGCUCCAGCAAUGGGAAGGAUUAGCAUUUCCUGUCUGUUUCCAGCAUCGUGGCACUUCAGCCUGUCUCCGGUGGUUCUGCCGCGGUUCCUGUUGCCUUCCUUCAGGCAGCUGCUGCUGCUGGGUCUGUUGGCUGGUGUGAUGGGGCUGCUGUACCUGCUGCUGGUCACAGGGAAGGGCCAGUACAGCUGGUUAAGAGAGGACAGACACAUCCAUACACGUUUGGGUCGGGUGCCAGACAUGGAGGCCACGGACACCAAUAACCCCAACCUGAACUACGGGCUGGUGGUGGACUGUGGCAGCAGUGGCUCCCGUGUGUUUGUGUACACCUGGCCUCGGCACAACGGCAACCUGCAUGAGCUCCUGGACAUCAAACAGAUGCGAGACAAGCACAGGAAGCCUGUAGUGAUGAAGAUCAAACCAGGUAUUUCAGAGUACGCAUCCACACCAGACAAGGCCAGCGACUACAUCAGCCCUCUGCUGAGCUUUGCUGCUCUGCACAUCCCUAAGAACAAGCACCAGGAAACACCUCUCUACAUCCUGUGCACCGCAGGAAUGAGAGUCCUGCCUGAAAGCCAACAGGAGGCCCUGCUGGAGGAUUUGCGGACUGACAUUCCUGUAAAUUUCAACUUUCUGUUCUCCGACUCCCAUGUGGAAGUCAUCUCAGGCAAACAGGAAGGAGUAUAUGCAUGGAUAGGUAUCAACUUUGUUCUGGGACGAUUCCAUCAUGUUGAGGACGAACAUGAGGCCGUGGUGGAGGUGCAGGUCCCUGGCAGUGACCAGCAGGAGACACUGGUGCGCAAGCGUACGGCUGGUGUAUUGGACAUGGGUGGUGUCUCCACUCAGAUCGCAUACGAAGUGCCCAAAACUGUAAGCUUUGCUUCUCCACAACAGGAAGAGAUAGCCAAGAAUUUGCUGGCCGAGUUUAACCUGGGCUGUGACGCUCACAGAACAGAGCAUGUGUACCGUGUUUAUGUCUCAACAUUUUUGGGUUUUGGUGGAAAUGCGGCCCGCCAGAGAUAUGAAGAAAACCUCAUCAGCAACACACAAAUCCAAAACAAGCUGCUGGGUCAGCAUCAAGGAGAGAGCACAGACUCGCCCAUCCUUGACCCCUGUCUACCAGCUGACCUCCAGGACGAGGUGGGUCCUCAGGACCAGAGAGUUCACCUGAGAGGCACUGGAGACUUCGACCGCUGCCGUCUGCUGCUCCAGCCGUUCCUCAACCGCACCAACGACACCAACACCUCGCUGAACGGAGUCUACCAGCCACCCAUCGACUUCACCAACAGCCAGUUCUAUGGCUUCUCUGAGUUCUACUACUGUACAGAAGAUGUGCUGCGCAUGGGAGGAGACUACAACUCCACCAAAUAUUCCAACGCUGCUAAGAGUUACUGUGCCACCCAGUGGAAGACUUUGAAAGAACGGUUUGAUCGAGGACUUUACGCCUCGCAUGCUGAUCAACAUAGAUUGAAGUAUCAGUGCUUCAAAUCUGCGUGGAUGUAUGAGGUGCUCCACUCAGGUUUCGCGUUUCCAGCGGCCUACGAGAAUCUCAGGACGGCCCUGCUGGUGUAUGACAAAGAAGUGCAGUGGACACUAGGAGCCAUUUUGUACCGCACACGUUUUCUACCUCUAAGGGACAUCCAGCAGGAGAGUCUGAAGAGCUCUCACUCUCACUGGCAUCACAGCUUCUCCUUCAUGAACAACCACUAUCUGUUCUUGGCCUGUUUUCUGGUGGUGGUUUUGUCAAUCCUCCUCUACCUGCUCCGUCUGAGACGCAUACACAACCGCUCCACACUCCUGCGCAGUGCUUCUGCUUCCGUCAAGUGGCUGGAGGAGGGCCUGGGUUCACCAGACCUCCCUGUUACCCUAUAGGCCCUGCGGCCUGUCAAUCAAACUACCGGCCAGUCACUGGAGGAGAUGCACCUCUCCCAUGAUUUGUUUUUUGAAACACUUUGUCAUGGUUUAGCAUCCUAUCAAGUCUUUCUCCUACAGUCAUGAUGUCAGCCUCUCACUGGCCAGUUUUGCAUUUUCCCAGAAUAAUUUGCAAGGGAUUCUACAUGACGUGUACAGUCAAGCUUUGGUGUAAUGUGAAGACUGCAGCUUGGGAAAGGACUGUAUGGCUGCCUCUGAUCAGCUGUGAUGUUUAGUUGUUUAUUUAUUAAUUGUAUAAGGGGUGCUGAGGCUGCCUUUUGAUUUUCAGUGUCACUAUCAAUGUGAAAGAGGACAUGAUGUGACUAUAUAUGUGUCCGUUGUCUAGACAAGGUUCUGCUGGCUGUUGCCUCAAGACUGUACGCAUAAUUGAACAUUUAUUAAAUGUUUUGGUUGUGCCAAGGAAAAACAGAGUGAGAGUCAUUUUAAAAGAUGAAUAUGAAAUGUUUUUUCCACCAAAACCUUUUUUCUUCUCUCUGUCUCUUUCGCUUUCUGUUCAAUACAUUAGAAACUCAUGUCUUGGAACUUUUUUCUUGGACACUGAAGUUGGACUGUGCCGAUAUCAUGGUAGAAUGUAAAAUUCCUUUUAAAACGUAAAAACACCGGCCACAAUUAGAAAGAUGUGGCAAAUUUAUCAAAUAAUUCAAGUUCACUUUUUUUCUACCUUAAAACACCUUUCCAUGAAUUAUGUUUCCAUGAUCAGCACUCCAUGGAGGAAUGUUGAGAGAGAAAGAGGAAAUGGCUCUUAUUUAAUUUGUUUCUUGUUAAAGGUAGAUUGUUUCAAUAGUGAAAAUUACAGUGUUACAGUGUCAGAAUUACUGCUUUAUCAUUGGUACUGCUUAUUACUUGUCUGUAAGUAUGUGGGAUUGUGAGCAUUGAUUUUAUUUAAUUUUUCUAUUUUACCUAUCAGUUCUAUGACUUCACAUUGGGGUGGAGCUGUAAAUGUUGUUAUUUAAACUUGAAGAGCUCCAUGAUGAGAAUCAGUGCAAUAUAUUUGCAUCUUUGCAUGUCAGAAUUCCAGCUUGCAGUUUAUAAGUUCACCCACAAAUAAAUUGUCAUGUUCUUCCAAA